CCUCCUGCUCGCGUCGCCGCGGCCGGGCGCCGGAGUAAUAUGCUCACUCGAGUGAAAUCUGCCGUGGCCAAUUUCAUGGGCGGCAUCAUGGCUGGCAGCUCCGGCUCCGAGCACGGCGGUGGCGGCUGCGGAGGCUCCGACCUGCCGCUGCGUUUCCCCUACGGGCGGCCCGAGUUCCUCGGGCUGUCACCGGACGAGGUGGAGUGCAGCGCCGACCACAUCGCCCGGCCCAUCCUCAUCCUCAAGGAGACGCGGAGGCUGCCCUGGGCCACCGGCUACGCAGAGGUCAUCAAUGCUGGGAAAAGUACACACAAUGAAGACCAAGCCAGCUGUGAGGUGCUCACUGUAAAGAAGAAGGCCGGGGCUAUUACCUCAACUCCAAACAGGAACUCCAAGAGACGGUCCUCCCUUCCCAACGGGGAAGGGCUUCAGCUAAAGGAGAACUCAGAAUCCGAGGGUGUGUCUUGCCACUACUGGUCCCUGUUCGACGGCCACGCGGGGUCCGGGGCGGCCGUGGUGGCGUCGCGCCUACUGCAGCAGCACCUCACCGAGCAGCUGCAGGACAUCGUGGAGAUCCUGAGGAACUCGGCCGUGCUGCCCCCGACCUGCCUGGGGGAGGAGCCCGAGGGCGCGCCCCCCAGCAGCAGGACUCUGACCCGAGCAGCCUCCCUGCGCGGAGGGGCAGGCGCCCCGGGGUCCCCCGGCACCCCUGCCACGCGCUUCUUCACCGAGAAGAAGAUUCCCCACGAGUGCCUGGUGAUCGGGGCUCUGGAGAGCGCCUUCAAGGAGAUGGAUCUACAAAUAGAACGAGAGAGGAAUUCAUAUAAUAUCUCUGGUGGCUGCACCGCCCUCAUUGUGGUGUGUCUUUUGGGGAAGCUCUAUGUGGCAAAUGCUGGAGACAGCAGGGCCAUAAUCAUCAGGAAUGGAGAGAUCAUCCCCAUGUCCUCAGAAUUCACCCCUGAAACUGAACGCCAGCGACUUCAGUACCUGGCAUUCAUGCAGCCUCACUUACUGGGAAAUGAGUUCACACAUUUGGAGUUUCCAAGGCGAGUACAGAGAAAGGAGCUUGGAAAGAAGAUGCUCUACAGGGACUUUAAUAUGACAGGCUGGGCAUACAAAACCAUUGAGGACGAUGACUUGAAGUUUCCCCUUAUAUAUGGAGAAGGCAAGAAGGUGAGAGUCUAUGAUCUCACCAAAUAUGAUCAUGGAGCAGAUGAUGUACUGAUACUGGCCACUGAUGGACUCUGGGAUGUUUUAUCAAAUGAAGAAGUAGCAGAAGCAAUCACUCAGUUUCUUCCUAACUGUGAUCCAGAUGACCCUCACAGGUACACAUUGGCAGCUCAGGACCUGGUGAUGCGCGCCCGCGGCGUCCUGAAGGACAGAGGAUGGCGAAUAUCAAAUGACCGGCUGGGCUCAGGAGAUGACAUUUCUGUCUACGUCAUUCCUUUAAUACAUGGAAACAAACUAUCCUGAAAACAACCCCAGGAGACUGGGAGGACUGAGGGAAAGAAAACUGGAGUGUCUCGGCGGGCUGGCACUGGGUUCCAGGUGAUAGAAUCUCUACCAAACCCAGGUAGGGAGUUUGCUGCCAAAAGGCCUCUAGCUAUGCUUCGAGAUGACCCUUACAUUUCCACGUCUUCUUCAGUAACAGGUCUGGACACUCAACAAAGGCAAAAGACAAAGAGUGCAGCUGAGUGUUGUUGUUUCUGCUGGUUUCUGGUCUAGGCCUCCCAGGUGGCGACUGCCUGUUUGGGGGGCACAGAUCUCAUAUUUAUUUUAUCUGGAAUAGCUGGGGCAGUUGUAUUCAGGUGUAACUGACAGAAGAUUCUUUAGCCUGGCAAGCUGCCAACUUCUCUCUGGAUGAAAAGUGCCACAUUAGAAGUUGGGGAUCAUGCCUCAGAAAACAGAAGCGCCCACCUUCUAGACAUCAUGAGCUUUAUUUCAGGGAUUCUGUCUUCCCCUACCUCCCCUCUCCUUUCUCCCUCCUCUUUCUCUGUGUAGUCAUGAUGAGGUGGGGCAAGGAUCUUUUUUUUUUUUUUUACAUUCCUUGAAUCUCAUUUCCCUCCUGUGGAACAGGACUGGGACUUUCCAACUCUUUACCGAGGAAUUUCUAUGUCCGGAUCCAACCCAGGCUGGUUUGGCCCCGUGUCCUGUGCCCCACACCACCCAGGCAGUGGGCGCAAGCAUGGGGCUGCAUAACAAGUGUUUGUUGUGUAACAUUUGUUCCUGCGUUGCAUUUCUCA